UUGGUUCAUUUACUCCUGAAGGACGUUUAGCUCAUUCUACUGUCCUUGUUGACAAUAAGCUGUAUUUUUUUGGCGGAUAUGUUGAUAAUGCUAAAUCAUGUACAAAUCAAGUAUUUUAUCUCGACUUAUCUCAAUAUUUUGAUCUAACUGCUCCACCAUGGAUUUCCCUUACACAAAUUUCCGAAAUACCAUUCAAAAGUUGCUGGGGAACUGCUUUAUUGAAUGAUAAAGAACAAACUAUAUAUUUAUUCGGUGGAUUUAUGACCAAUAAUUUAAAUAAAGAUGAAUUUGUAUCAAAUGUUCAUUCAUUUAAUUUGAAUUCCUUAUCGUGGAAUGUGCCUGAUAUCGAAGGAACCACACCAGAAAGACGAAGAAAUAUGAAGGGUGUUAUUGAUAAUACUGGAAAAAUAUAUAUUUUUGGUGGAUAUGCUGAUAAGUUUUUAGGUUCACCAACACUAAUACGUAACAAUGAUAUGGUCAUCCUAAAUACAGCUGAAUUAGAAUUAUCAUGGUUAAUCAUUCCAGCUAGUAAACCGUAUGCGCAACAUGCUUAUACCGCAACACUAUUAUCUAAUGGAGUUAUUGUAUAUAUUGGUGGUACAGAAUUGCUUGAAAACACUGCAAAACAUGUUGACAUUAAAAACAUUAAUCUUUUUGAUACAAAUACCUUAACUUGGUCAGUGAAAGUAUCGAAAAAUUCUGACCCAAAUAAUUCUAAUAAAAUUAUAAUCGCAUCAAUUGGAGGAACAGUGGUCGCCGCUAUAAUUAUGGCAUGUGGAUUUUUAUUUUAUAGAUGGAAUAAAAAUAAAAAAAUAAAUGAACUAUAUCCUAGAUACAUUAAUGAGGAACAUACUUUGCCUGGAAAUAUUGUUGAACAUAAUAGUAGUACUUAUAUAACUAAGUAA